AUGUCCGUCGAAGAAUACGUUAGGCGGAUCGACGCCAAACGGCUCGUCUCCGGAAUUGCCUUGCUUUUUAUUCUUGCACUCUACUCUCCUGUAAUGGUGCUGGUGCUUUCCCCUGUCUACGGUUCCCUGCCAUCCCAUCUCUUCCAUAGCUAUGGUGUCGCCAUUUUCGCCGGCGCUGGCUGGUUCUUGAAGGAUCAGAUCCAAAGACGCAUUGGACGCCUCGCCGCCAUCAUUCUUCCUGUUUUGGCUUGCUGGACCCCUACCAUCCAGUACUUUGUCCUGCAGCAGAGUUCUAAGCUCGGAAACCCGGCUGGUCCAGUCAUCACUGAGCUGUUUGGCUACUAUCCUCUUGUCAUGUUGACUGUGGCUGUCGCCGGUAAGCAGAUCCAGUACGCCUUGCAUCUCGAGUCGCAGGGUGACCUCGUUGUCGAGCAUGUGCCCCUACUCGGCUCAUACGCCGUCUACUCCCUUGGCGAGCAUAUUGCCCGAGCAAUCCUGGCUCGUGCAAUUGGCUUCACCAUUGUUUUCUCUCGUGCCGGCUUGCAGUUCCUCAUUGGUGUGCUGUACGCUGCCGUGAUCCCAUCCAAGCUGCUAGUCCUGGCAAUCCCGUCCUUGCUCUUCUCCGUUACCUCUGAUGUCCACUUGGGAGGUAUCAGUGGCGUGAACUCGGUCCUCCAGAAGGAGGGAUACUCCCUUCUGGCACGCCAGGAGUCCUACACUGGAUACAUCUCGGUUCUCGAGAACCACCAGGAUGGCUUCCGGGUGAUGCGAUGUGACCACAGUCUCCUUGGUGGGCAGUGGACCAAGUCUUCCCCAGGCUAUAAUCCGGAGGUCGAGGACCCAAUCUACGCGGUCUUUGCUAUGCUUGAGGCUGUCCGACUGGUUGAGCCUGACAACGGUGGCCCUCGUGUUGAUGCUGGUAGCAAGGCGCUUGUUAUUGGCCUCGGUAUUGGUACCACACCAGCAGCAUUCAUGAAGCAUGGCAUCGAAACUACCGUUGUUGAGAUUGACCCCGUCGUGCACAAGUAUGCCACCCAGUACUUCAACCUCCCGUCAAACCACAUCGCUGCUAUCGAAGACGCAACCCAAUUCGUCAAGCGCGCGAAGAAGUCCUCAUCUCCCCAGUACGACUAUAUCAUCCAUGAUGUGUUCACUGGUGGCGCUGAGCCCGCGGAGCUCUUCACUUAUGAGUUCUUGACCGACUUGAGCUCCCUGCUCAAAGAUGAUGGUGUCAUUGCCAUUAACUAUGCUGGAGACCUCAAGCUUUACCCCACCGGCCUCAUUGCCCGUACCAUCCGGGCCGUUUUCCCCUCAUGCCGCAUCUUCCGUGAACAGCUGGCCGACAAGAGCGAUGAAACCCAGGACUUUACCAACAUGGUUUUCUUCUGCAAGAAGACCUCUGACACCCCUGUCCAGUUCCGGGAUCCAGUCCCCUCGGAUUUCCUGCGCAGCAAGUCGCGUGAGAACUACCUUGUCCCCAAGUAUGAGAUUGACCCUGCCGUCUUUGCGACUAUCCCCUACAAGGGAAGACCCGUUUUGAUUGAGAAGCAAGUCGGACGUCUGCACAAGUUCCUGGACCGGGGAGCCUUGGAGCACUGGGAGAUUAUGAGGAAGGUUAUCCCCAAUUCCGUGUGGGAGAACUGGUGA